AUUUCUCUGCCAAAUAAUAGGUGUAAUUAUGAUAAUAAUUUAUGUGGUAGUGUGUUAAACAAUUUUGAUGUUCAAAAUGUCUCAUCAUAUGUAAACAAAGAUAAUGUGCAGCAUGAUUCUGUUAUACACAAUAAUGAACUUUCUUCAAAUAUGUCUUAUGAUGAACAUAAUUUAAAUAUUGCUUACUCGAAUAAUGCCUUUAAUAGUAAUAAUAUUCCAUUGAUUCAUGUUAAAUUUGGUAACAAUGUUGUAAAAUGCUUGCUUGAUAGUGGUUCCAGUAUUUGCUUAAUGUCAAAAACAACUUAUGAUAUCAUAAAAUGUAAUACUAAAACUAGACUUCUGUCUUCUAAUGUGCAGAUUAAGACUAUUAAUUCCAAUUUAAAUUCUUUAUUUUGUUCAGAAAUCUCAUUUAAAAUUGAGAAAAAUAAUUUCAAAUCUCCAUUUUAUAUAUCACACUUUCAACACGAUGCCUUUCAAGCAAUAAUUGGUUAUGAUUUUUUGAGUAAAAAUAAUGUAAAAAUUUGUCCGUCAGAUAAUGUUGCUGAAUUUCAAAAUUUUAAAGUACCUUUAAUUUCUAAAGAUGUUGUUAAUUGUAAUAAUAUUAUGCAUUUUGAAAGUAAUUGUUUUCUUAGACAGAAAGUAAUAUUGGAACCCAAUGAGUCUACUCAAAUUAAUCUUAUUAUUAAGAAUAAUAAUUGUAAACAAGGUGAUAUGUUUCUGUUUGAACCCCUAACUAAGAAACCUGAAAUUGAAAUUUUUGCUUCUUUGCACACUUUUGAUAGUGCUAAUUUUACCACAGUAAUUAAAAAUAAUUCUGAUGUCACUUUGCAUAUAAACAAAAAUACUUGCAUAGGAAAAAUUCAGUUUAACCCUGAAUUAGAGGAAUAUUCUGAACAAAAUGUUCAAGAACUUACUGAGGAAAAUUUAACUGAUUAUGUAAAUUUAAUUACUCCUUCAUCUGAUAUUUUAACAUUAAGAAAAGAACAACUUAUUGAAAAUGAUUUUGAUCUCUCUCAUUUGAAUCCUAAUAACAAACAAAAAUUACUUACUGUUUUAAUGUCCCACUCUACUGCUUUUUCUAAAUCGGUUAAAACCUUGGGUCAUACUGACCAUGUCAUCCCUAAAAUUUCUUUCAGGUCUAAUAAUCCAAUAAAAACACAACCAUUUCAAAUCCUUUAUGCCAUACAGGGCCAGGUUAAACAGGAAUUGUUGGAAUUACAAGAGGCUGGCAUAAUAAAAAGAAAUAUAAGCGAUUGGAGUUGUCCUCUAAUUUUAAUAAAGAAGCGCCCAGACCCUAAAAAUCCAAAUGCCCCUGUAAAAUUUAGACUUUCCAUGGACCUUCGCUUACUUAAUUCAAUCGUUGAGGCAUCAACUUAUCCUUUACCUCGAAUACCUGUUUUAAUUAAUGAAAUUUCACAAUAUCAGAUNUGCCUCUGA